AGCUUCGCCCACGGCGACGCCGAGCUCCGCGGCCCGCCGCCCCAUUCCUCCUUCCCGCCUCGUACUGGACCUGGUAUGCGCCCCCCCCCUCUCCCUACCCCUCACGCUGCUCCCCUCCCAUCGGCUUCUCUAUUGUUCUCCGGCUGCUCGGCGGUUGCCAUAUGCGCUCGAUCCGCAUCUAGGUGGUUCUAAUAUGUUCUUCUGCAAUGGAUUACUGUCUACGUCGAGGUUUUGUUGCGUACGAGUCCACCGAUUGUUCACAGGAAAUUAUAUUCAGUCAGAAAAUGAAACUGGGUCUCUGCGGGAUUUACUAUCAGUUUGGAAGGCUGAUAUGAUCUACGGAUUUUUCAGAAGAUUCACGGUGUAUUAUGACGGCCUCAAGAAAGGAACAGCGUAUUCUUUUGAAAUGUACACCCUUUCACAUGUUUAUGUUGGAUUUUGUUUAUAGUCUUCAGAGGAUUGGCUGCAAGUGGGGAAUGUGGCAGAGUGUGGGAUGUUUUGGUUGUACAUCAAAGUGGAAGUGCUACUAGUGCCAUCUGAUCUGUGUGUUUUCUGCAGAACCUUUGGAAAUGCUGUGGAACUGAGCUAGUAAUAAGAGAAAAUAUCUAAAAGAACACCAACAAUGGUAACAUCUGACAAGAGCUCCCUUGUAAGAUAUACAGAUCAUUGUGGUUGUUAGCAGCUGACAACCUGGUUUCUAUCUCUGGCUACUUGUUGGAAGAUAUAAACUCUACAUCCUACACCUGGUACUCAUGUGAUAUCAUGCAAGUUUGGCACUAGGACCAUUUAUAUACAGAACUAAGAGCGCAAAUAAUUCCAUUUGUUUGUGUCAUAUCUUUUGUUCUACUGUUUUAUCACCGAUAUAUUAUCCUUUUCAUAGAGUGAUAUACUACCUCCGUCCCAAUAUGUUUCAUUUCUAGAUUGUUUAGUAGAGAUUAAGGUUGUGAAGAAAAUACUACGUUGCUCCUUAAUAAAUGGAGAAUAAAUGGGGGUGUGAGUGUAGUUGGGAAUAAAAUGGAAAUAAUUUGAAAUGAGAAGUGACUGAUGAGACAAGUAGUACUGUGAAUGAUGCUAGAAAUGCUUAUAUUUUGGUAUAAGAUUGAAAUCCUAAAAAUACUGACAUUUUGGAACGGAGGGAGUAGUACUUAACUACCAAAGUUUCUUGAACAAUGUGACAUGCCUGCUAAUCAUUUUUUGCUACUGUACAAAUUAGCUUUCCCCAAAGAGGAUUUGGUCGAACUGACCACUUGCAGAAGAUGACACAUCCUAUUUCCGUUGCAUUCCUUUUCAGUCGGUAAUCAGACAUUUUAUGGCCUCUGGAAUGCUUAUCUUGUUACGGAAGAUUUCCUGAGGGAUAUUAUGUGGAUCCUUGUCUCAAUCAGAUGCAUAUUAUCCUUAAUGUGCUAAGCACUUAGAAAUAUAUUUGUUGAAUACACAGCGUCAAGGUUUCUUCUUGGGCUUUAUUCUUGCCUGCCAUUUCAAGUAUGAUCACAGAACAAUAACUUUUGAAGUCAAUACCAACAAUAUCUGGACAAGUGACAUUAGACUUAUUUGGUGACGUUGGACUUUGGAAGAUCAUUCUUGGUGGUAAUCUCAGUUUUCUGUCAAAAUUUGGGUACUCCCAUCAAUUAUCCACCUCACAUGACUGAUAUUAUGAAGUGCUGGAUUUAUGUUUUAAGUGGUGCAUCAUACACGUAAAUACGUGAUCAUAUAUUGGUCUCUCAUGCAUUAGUCUCGUUGGAUCUUCUCUUUUAUUCCCUCUGGGGUUAUCUUGGUGCCUCUGCUACUUCUUGCUAAUUGAAUAAUCAUAUGGCUCAAGGUUGUGGUAAGCUUAAUGGGGAGACGGGACCAUAGACCUGAUGACUUUAGGGGCAGGCAUCUGAGAAGAUACUCACCUCAUAGGAGGAAUUCCCCUGAAAGAGAUGCCAGGGGUCAUUUCUUCCGUGAUCAGAGACCACACUCUCGAGAUAGGGGUUCUAGUCAUUCAAGAUCUCCCAUCAGGAAGAGUGAGGGAAGGCAUAGAAAGAAGAUUGAUAGCGGAAAAACUGAUUCAUCAGAAAGUUUGAACACCUCUGACAAUGAUGAUAGAAAAAAGGAUGAUAUAUCCAAUAAUGCUGAUGAUAAACAUGAUAAUGAAGCACAGCUGCAACACAUUCAACUGGAUAUGGAAGCAUUACGAGAGGAGAAAUCUACACUGGAGAUGAUGCUGAAUGGCAAGAUCAAUGAAGCAUCUGCACUUUCUAGCAGGAUAGCCGAUCUUGAAUCACAAUUGAGCGAAGAGAAAGAUGCUUGCCAAAGGAUGGCCUCAAAAACAAAGAAACUCAUCAAAGCACAUGCACGCUAUGUGAAAGCUCAGGAUGAUUUAAAAAGGUCCCAAGCUCGUUUUGAGAGGCUCGCUGAUUUGCUUGCUUCAGAUACCUUGAAGCCAUGUAGCAAGGAUCAGGGUUCUAGUGCUGCUAAGGAAGAUACGUAUAAUGCUUAUGAUAUGAGUCCAAGUGAUCAACGACAGAAUCAUGAAGCAGCUAGAAAAAGAUCCAUUGCCCUCUCAACAAGCGAAGAAGGAAGAAGUGCGAAGAAGAAGAGGGAGAGUUAUGACAACUCAAUUCCCAUGUCAGGGAAAUAUAGACCGGAAGAUGCUCUAGAACCUUUUCAAAGCAGCAAGGGAACUGAGACAGAAGAAGUUUUACCUGUGAAGAGGAAUUUAGGGGAGGGUGACAACAAUGAGGAAGUGAACAUUGUUUCCUCUGGCAAUGUUUUUACAGAUAGGUAUGAGGGUGGCGACGACGACGUUCUUGUGUGCUAGUAUAUUCAUGCAGAUGGAGCUUGACGAAGAUUUCAACAUUACGGAGAAGCGUGAAGUAUGAGGGUGGCGACGACGACGUUCUUGUGUGUUCAUUGCCAUGCCAGUUGGGUUUUCACAAAUUAGCACUGAAAUUGUGGCUGGCAGCCGGUUAUUAUCUUCAUGUAUAAUUUAUACAUCUGGCAUUAGGAAUUAAGCAUCUCGACAAUCUCUUUGAAGACAAGUUGCAUUGUUCUCAAACAGAUUAUUAUUGUCGCAUUAGUGCAAACUGUCGGUCGUUAUUACCCUGGAUUCAAGUGGCUUGUAUGGAUAAUGUGAGGCGGCCUAUUCAAGUAAUGUUUGGUAUUCAGUAUAUGGAUUAAUUAGUGUUAUGGUGCUGUCAUCAUUUAUAUCUAAACGCAUGCAGUGGUUUAGCUCGGCAUCAUGGAGCAUAUGUUGGCAGCUAGCUCAAGGGAACUAUCUUGAAAUCAAGUUGAAGUGCUGAUACUUAGAGGAUUUCUGUAGGAUUUCUAUUUCUUCACAUGUUAUGUAUAAUCUUCUUCGUAUCUGCGGCUGUCUGCUCCCUUGUAUCACUCUUUUCUUGGCAGGGGUGUAUCCUGUGACAUCGGCGAGCCCAAACCAAGAAUAACAUUUCUUGGUCGAUAAUAUUUCAUAGGUA